UAAACCCUUGCCCAACGAGAAGAAACGGAAAACCAAGGGGAAGAGAAAACCCCAACGCCGGCAAGAACCCGCCGCCUCUUGCAAUCCCUCCGCUCAUCUCGCUCGAAUCCGCCGCCGCAUUCCCCGAAUCGCGCGUCCGCGGUUGCGGGAGCAAGCAGGAGAAGGACGAGCAGGAUGGCCGGGAAGGGCGGGAAGGGGCUGAUCGCCGCGAAGACGGCGGCCGGCAUGGACAAGGAGAAGAAGCAGCCCGUCACCCGGUCCUCGCGCGCCGGCCUCCAGUUCCCCGUCGGGCGUAUCCAUCGCCAGCUGAAAGAAAGGGUCCAGGCCAGCGACCGGGUGGGAGCAACCGCUGCUGUGUACUCGGCAGCAAUCCUGGAGUACCUGACAGCAGAGGUCCUUGAGCUGGCUGGGAACGCGAGCAAAGAUCUCAAGGUGAAGCGCAUCACGCCCCGCCACCUCCAGUUGGCGAUCCGCGGUGAUGAAGAGCUGGACACCCUUAUCAAGGGCACCAUCGCUGGUGGUGGUGUCAUCCCCCACAUCCACAAGUCGCUCAUCAACAAGACCGUCAAGGAAUGAACACCAUCUAUGGCUUUCGCUGACUGUCUGCUCUGUCAGUUUAGGGUCCUGGUCCUGAGAAGUGAGAACGAACAUGGUAACCUAUAUUCAAAGAACCUGGUAACCUGAGAUUGCCUUUCAGACAUUAUGCCUGUGCAUGUAAAUCUGUGAGAUGCUUUGGACUAAUGGCAUUUCAACCUCUUUAGGCUUCUUUGUUUGUUGUUGCCCUGUCUGGUUAAUGUGUUAUGCUGGGAAUGGACUCAUUGCUUGGCUGGGCUUUUUUUA